CUUCCAACAACAAACUGUUUGAAUAUGUCUGACAAGGGAUCUCGUGAAGACCAGGUUUACAUGGCCAAGCUCGCUGAGCAGGCUGAAAGAUAUGACGAAAUGGUUUCUUUUAUGAAGGAAGUGGCUAAACUUGGUCUUGAAUUAACCGUCGAGGAGCGUAAUCUACUCUCCGUUGCAUACAAAAACGUUAUUGGUGCUCGUCGUGCUUCGUGGCGCAUUGUUUCCUCCAUUGAACAAAAGGAGGAGUCCAAAGGCAACGAAGCACAAGUAAAAAAAAUCCUCGACUAUCGCUACAAGGUCGAGGCUGAGCUCUCCGAUGUCUGCACUGACAUCCUCAACGUUCUUGACCAGCAUCUUAUCCCUGCUGCCGAGGCUGGCGAAUCCAAGGUCUUCUACUACAAGAUGAAGGGCGACUACCAUCGUUAUCUUGCCGAAUUUGCCACAGGCGACAAACGGAAGGAUGCUGCCGGCUUUGCUCAUGAUGCAUACAAGGCUGCCACAGACAUUGCCCAGACUGAGCUGGCUCCCACUCACCCUAUUCGUCUUGGUCUCGCUCUCAACUUCUCUGUGUUCUACUACGAGAUCUUGAACUCCCCCGACCGUGCUUGUCAUUUGGCAAAGCAGGCAUUCGAUGAUGCUAUUGCAGAACUUGAUACUCUCUCCGAAGAGUCAUACAAGGAUUCCACUCUUAUUAUGCAGCUUCUUCGCGACAACCUCACACUUUGGACCUCGGAUCUUCAGGACUCAGGUGAAAAGGGAGAAGAAGCCAAGGCUGAAGAACAACCCACCGAAGCCAAGUAAUACAGAAUCAAUCGAAAUUUGGGAUGUAUCACCGUCAAGACUUGUCACAACCGAUAGUUUCACUUUCUCCGUUCUUCACUAUUCUUUUUAUCGAUCAACUUUCCUUUCUAUCACUGUUCCCUUUCGAUCAAUGUUGUCGAAUGUGCAAGUUUUUUCUCCUACUCUAUUCCUGGCUUUCGCUUUUUGCAAAGAAACAUUCGCCGAAUAACAAUGCUUUUUCCUCGAUUUCGAUUUUAUUGGUUUAUAUAUGUGAUGUCUUUAAAUGCACAAGCAUUCAAUUUAACACUGAAUGGAUUGUCAACACUUCCGUCCUUCAAAUGUGUUUGCUCUCCUAUCAGACAUGCUAUCAUUUUAUUGUCAUAUUCACGUAGAAUGGAAUACAUUAUUGGAAAUAUACAAUGGUU